GACCUUUGUACCUCAUAUCCUAAGUACAUACGUACAGAGCAUUGCAGGGGCAGCGUACUAAUUUGCAGUUUGCAAGCUAACCGAGACAGUUGCAGCCAAUUAACCAAGCCUCAGCCGUUCCCUACUAGACUAUCAAGAUGUCAGGAGUCUCCAAAGUCCAUGCCAGAGAAAUCUUGGACAGCCGUGGCAACCCCACUGUAGAGGUAGAACUAACCACCUCCAAGGGAGUCUUCCGUGCUGCCGUACCUUCAGGCGCAUCAACCGGGAUCUACGAAGCUCUCGAAUUGAGAGACAAAGAUCCAAAACGAUUCCUCGGAAAAGGCGUCUUAAAAGCCGUCGACAACGUUAAUUCGAUUAUUGGACCUGCUCUGAUCUCCAAUAACAUAGACGUGACACAACAGACAGCAGUCGAUAAAAUCAUGCUUGAUCUUGACGGAACUGAGAAUAAGAGUAAACUUGGAGCUAACGCGAUUCUUGGUGUGUCCUUGGCUGUGUGCAAGGCUGGAGCUGCUCACAAAGGUGUACCUCUGUAUCGCCACAUUGCAGACCUAGCUGGAAAUAAAGAAGUGAUUCUACCUUGCCCUGCUUUCAAUGUGAUUAACGGAGGCAGCCAUGCCGGGAAUAAGCUGGCCAUGCAGGAGUUCAUGAUACUUCCCACUGGGGCGUCCUCGUUCCGUGAGGCACUGCGUAUGGGGUCUGAGGUGUACCACACUCUCAAGGGGGUCAUUAAGAAUAAGUAUGGCCAGGAUGCCACCAACGUUGGGGCCGAGGGCGGCUUUGCUCCCAAUAUACAAGAGAACAGGGAAGGACUGGAGCUGCUCAAAGAAGCCAUUGCUAAGGCCGGCUACACUGGCAAGAUACAAAUCGGCAUGGAUACAGCGGCCUCUGAGUUCUACAAGGAUGGGAAGUACGACCUAGACUUCAAGAACCCUGCCUCUGACCCAUCAAAAUGGCUGACUGGCAAAGAACUUGGAUCUCUCUAUCACGAGUUUAUUGACAAUUAUCCGAUUGUGACGAUCGAGGAUUGCUUUGAUCAAGAUGACUGGGACAACUGGACGGAGUUUACGGCUAGUACGGAUAUACAGAUUGUGGGUGAUGACCUCCUCGUGACAAAUCCCAAGAGGAUUAAGACUGGGAUUGAGAAGAAAGCUUGCAACGCUCUACUGCUGAAGGUGAACCAGAUUGGGAGUGUGACUGAGUCCAUUGAGGCGUGUCGUAUGGCCCAGGGUAAUGGGUGGGGUGUCAUGGUGUCACAUCGCAGUGGAGAGACAGAGGACACGUUCAUUGCUGACCUCGUAGUAGGUCUCUGUACUGGACAAAUCAAAACUGGUGCUCCGUGUCGCUCGGAGAGACUGGCCAAGUACAAUCAGUUACUGAGGAUCGAGGAGGAACUGGGGAAGGGUGCAAAGUUCGCUGGAGAGAAAUUCCGCAAUCCUCUAUCGUAAAGAUGAACAAUUAAUGAAACGUUAUCAGUAGUAUUGUCAACUAGCUCGAAAUUCUUUAGUUUGUAGUUUUGUGUAAUUUGUGAGAUCUGACCUCGAGAUUGUAUUGAGCAAUGAA